GGAAGAUCCGAUCUUCAUCAAAUCGAUUUAUUCUCCGGUAAAGACUCUAUCUUCACAGCUCUAUUUGAGUGUUCACCUGACUUGAACUGAUAAAAGAUGUUUGGUGGAAAAACUUACAUGCAAAGAGGAAGUGUAUAUCUUGCAUUAGUUAUCAUCCUUUUGAUGAUCACACUCCUGGCUUCUGAGGAAACCCCAUCUCGUGCUUCUCUCUUUGAUGUACAACGUCCGUUUUCAGCUUCUUCUUCUUCAGUUUGUAACUAUGCAAAAGGAAAAUGGGUUGCAGACAAGAAGCGACCAUUGUAUUCUGGUUUUGAAUGUAAGCAGUGGUUAUCAUCCAUGUGGGCUUGUAGAGUAAUGGGCAGACCCGAUUUCUCUUUUGAGCGUUACCGCUGGGUACCACGAGGUUGCAACAUGCCACAGUUUAACAGGUUCACCUUCUUGAGAAGAAUGCAGAAUAAGACAAUAGCAUUUAUAGGAGACUCGCUGGGACGACAACAGUUUCAGUCUCUCAUGUGUAUAGCCACUGGUGGUAAAGAGAGCCCAGAGGUUAAAAACGUGGGAUGGGAGUACGGUCUAGUCACACCCAAAGGAGCUCCCCGUCCUGAUGGUUGGGCUUAUCGGUUCCCUUCCACAAACACAACCAUCUUGUUUUAUUGGUCAGCUAGUUUAUCAGAUUUGAUCCCCAUGAACAACACUGAUCCACCUCCACUCACCGCAAUGCAUCUAGACCGUCCACCAGCGUUCAUGAGAAAGUACCUUCACCGUUUUAAUGUGUUGGUUCUAAACACUGGCCACCACUGGAACAAAGGCAAGAUCGAAGGCAACCAUUGGGUGAUGCACGUGAAUGGCACACGUGUAAAAGGAAAGUUUCUCAAGGAUAUUAGUCACGCUAAGGCUUUUACAAUACACAGCGUUGUGAAGUGGCUAGAUGCUCAACUUUUAUUGCAUCCGCGUUUGAGAGUUUUCUUUAGGACGAUAUCUCCGAUAAAUUGGAAUGGGAACUGUAACAACACGGUUCCUUUGUCUAGAGGAAGUGAGAUCAAAGGCAAUGGUGGGUCGAUGGAUAGAGUGGUGGAGAGUGCUGUGAAUGGGACGAGGGUCAAGAUUCUUGACGUAACUGCACUUUCUGAGCUGAGAGUUGAAGCCCAUAUCGCAGGGUCUAAACUCAAACCUAAAAAACCUAGUAACGUGACUUCCACGGCUCCAACGGUUAAUGAUUGCUUGCAUUGGUGCUUGCCUGGGAUCCCGGAUACUUGGAAUGAACUUUUAAUUGCUCAGAUUUAAAAUACUCAAACACAUUGGUGCAAAAAAAAAGGGUAGUUCAGUGGAUUGGCUCUGUUGAUUCUUUGUUAUAGCAAGGUUUUGGUUUUGUCUUUUCAUUCUUUCUCGGAGAAAAACAAAGGCUACAGUGUUGACUAAUAUGAUUACACAGUUAAACACUUAUGUAUUGGUUACAAAGUUUAAAGCCGGUUCGGUUUUCAGUUAGGUUAAUAGGCGAAUAUGUGAUAAAAAUUGGUUCUAAUUUGAUUUGGUUUCGG